GCCCACGCUCACACGCACGCACACACACCCCUGCCCUGCCUCUCGCCCGCCUCCGCCUCCGCCUCCGCCUUCACGGAGGCCCGAGCGGGUGCGGGGCGGAUCGGCAGCAGCCGGGCGGGCGGCGAUCCAGGGAGGUGCGGGGCCCGUGCGGGGGCCCGGCGGCGCGGCCGGCAUGGAGGCGCUGCUGCUGGGCGCCGGGUUGCUGCUGGGCGCCUACGUGCUUGUCUAUUACAACCUGGUGAAGGCCCCGCCCUGCGGCGGUAUAGCCAGUCUGCGCGGCCGCACCGCCGUGGUCACGGGCGCCAACAGCGGCAUCGGGAAGAUGACGGCGCUGGAGCUGGCGCGCCGGGGAGCGCGCGUGGUGCUGGCCUGUCGGAGCCGGGAGCGCGGUGAGGCGGCCGCCUUCGACCUCCGCCAGGAGAGUGGGAACAAUGAGAUCAUCUUCAUGGCCUUGGACUUGGCGAGUCUGGCCUCCGUGCGGGCCUUUGCCACUGCCUUCCUGAGCUCUGAGCCACGGCUGGACAUCCUCAUCCACAAUGCCGGGAUCAGUUCCUGUGGCCGGACCCACAAGCCGUUUAACCUGCUGCUGCGAGUGAACCACAUUGGCCCCUUCCUGCUGACACAUCUGCUGCUGCCCCGGCUGAAGACAUGCGCCCCUAGCCGCGUGGUGGUGGUAUCCUCAGCCGCCCACCGGCGAGGGCGCCUCGACUUCACGCGCCUGGACCACCCGGUGGUGGGCUGGCGGCAGGAGCUGCGGGCAUAUGCCGACAGUAAGCUGGCCAACGUGUUGUUUGCCAGGGAGCUCGCCACUCAGCUUGAGGGUACUGGUGUCACCUGCUAUGCAGCCCACCCAGGGCCUGUGAACUCGGAGCUUUUCCUGCGCCAUGUUCCUGGAUGGCUGCGCCCACUUUUGCGCCCACUGGCCUGGCUUGUGCUGCGGGCACCAAGAGGGGGUGCCCAGACACCCCUGUACUGCGCUCUACAGGAGGGCAUUGAGCCUCUCAGUGGGAGAUAUUUUGCCAACUGCCACGUGGAGGAGGUGCCCCCAGCCGCCCGAGAUGACCGUGCAGCUCACCGGCUGUGGGAGGCCAGCAAAAGGCUGGCAGGGCUUGGGCCUGGCGAGGAGGCCGAACCUGAUGAAGAUCCCCAGCCUGAGGACCCAGGGGCCCCAUCUUCCCUGAGCAGCCCCCACCCAGAGGAGCCCACAGUUUCUGAACCCCACCCCAGCCCUCAGAGUUCACCAGACUUGUCUAAGGUCACACGCCGAAUUCAGCCACCGUAGUGAAAUGACCCCCACUUGCCGAGGCGGGAUUAGGCUGCAGAGGUAAGGGACUCGCCCAAGGUCUCACCGCCGGUAAGGGGGUAAGGGCAAGGAGCAGUGUGACUCCAGGGCCACGGCGGUCGGGUGGGAGCGGGGAGGUGAGGCAGGGCCGCGCCGUCGCGGUGCGGGCGGCCGGCGGGAGCAGGGGACGCCCUCGCGGGGUGGCGCGGGGCUGAGCCCGGGGAAAUAAAGCGUGUUGACCGCCGCGCCUCGCCUCGCGCUCGCUGCCGCCGCUGUCGCCCGCCGNA